UGAUAAACAAAGACAAGUCUUUAUUAAUCAUGCGUCCAUAGCUCAACAACUUUGCCUCCGUUUAACUUCCUUGACUUUUCUUGCAACAAUGAAGAAGCUCAUCAGUUUUAUAUUUCUAAUAUCUCUCGUUUUUGUGGAUUCAAAGUCAUAUGAAGGUUACCAGGUUUACCAAACUGCACCGUUAACAUGGGAAAGCUUGAAACUGAUUCACGACAAUGUGCUCAGAAAUUCCAUUUAUCAAAUUUGGAACGAGCCAAAGGUAGGUUUGCCUGCGCAAAUAGUGGCCUGUUGCCAGCAUUCAGGAAAAGAACUGGCCAAUUUACUGGAGUCAAUGGACUUACGCCCUCAGCUGCUUGUGGAUAACAUCGAAAGGAUUUUCCAACAAGAGAGAGAACAAAUUGACCUUAUUCGAAAGAGAGAUGAAUUCAGCACAAGUCGAAAUGUCACCUUUGAAAGAUUUAUGGAUUAUGACGAAAUUUCACUUUAUUUGACUGAAGUAGCCGCCACUUAUCCAGAAAUCGCUCAACUCGCAUCAAUCGGGACAAGCUACGAGGGUCGGCAGCAAAAUUUAUUGAAGUUAUCGAAUGGAAACGGGGUGCCGAAAAUUGGCAUUUUCAUUGACGCAGGAAUUCACGCAGCAGAGUGGCUCGGGCCCUCCGUGGCUCUCAACACAAUUUUUCAACUUACGGCCAACUCGAGCGCCAAUCAAGUCUUUUUGGACAUGGCCGACUGGUACAUUUUGCCUGUGGCCAAUCCAGACGGAUACGUCUUUUCUUGGACAGAGGACCGAUUAUGGAGAAAAACGCGCCGGCCCAAUGAGGGAUCCGACUGCGUUGGAGCAGAUCCUAAUAGGAAUUUUGAUAACCACUGGGGAGAGGGUGGUGAGACUGAUCCUUGUUUGUGGAAUUACCCUGGCCCAAACGUUUAUUCCGAAAUCGAAUCAAAGAACAUCGCAGACUACUUGCUCAGCUUAAAAGGAGACUUGCAUUUGUACAUAGCUACACACUCAUAUGGACAGCUUUUGCUGCACCCAUACGGUUACACCACAUCGGAAGUGCCUCCAAAUUACAACGAAAUGUACUCUGCCGCUAAUUUGACUGCCUCAGUUUUGGAGUCUGUGAGAGGGACAGAGUACACAUUCGGCAGCAGUGGAGUGGUCCUUUACCUCGCGUUUGGAAAUACCCAAGACUUUGCCUACGAGGCGGCCGGCGCUCGGUUCUCAUACACAUGGGAACUUCCCGCCGGUGGACCAAAUGGAAAUGAUCCUCCAGCGACGGACAUCAAACCUGUCGUUGAGGAAACUUGGGCAGCAUAUCAAGCUUUGAUCCAACGCGUUUAUGACACAGUGUAUCCCAAUUAAAAUAAACUAAUUGGC